AUGAAUGCUCAAAGCAACACAGCAGCUGAGGCAACAUCUAGUCAGAGAAAUGUAUCUGCUUCAGGAGAUUCCAGUUGUAACAAUGGCCAGACCCUUAUUUUUCUGACUUCUUCAGGGUUGGAACCAUCUUCCAAAUGCUCCAGUUCCAUUACAUUAUCUUUCAAAAGUGAAGUUGAUCCUAAUAAGAUCAACUGGAAAGGUGUUUCACAAGAUGUCAAAGAUGGUUAUUUUGGAGAAUUCAAGAAUUUCUAUUGGGAUGCUUCCGUUAGUGAAGUUCUGGUGAAGCAACAAUGGAUGAAGAAGGCUACAUUAUGCUACAAUAAUUUCAUUACUAAUAUAAAGAAGCAUAGAGCUACAGUUCAACCGGAAUUUAUAAAUAACCAUGUGUGCGAAAAGUGGAUGGAACUUUGGCAAAGUGAUGACUGUAUUAAGAAGUCCAAGAUAAAUUCAAAGAAUCAUUGUGGUGGACAUGAAGUAGCUGCUGGGACACACACUAGUGGCUCUAUCACAGCUGGAGAGCACCGAAAAAAACUUCUGCUGCUGGUUUUAUGCUACUUUUCUAGCAAGCAGUUGCUGGAAAUUGUUACGGCUGCUGUUUUCUGUUAUUGCAGCUACUACUGGUUUUAUGCUAUUUUUCAGCAAGCAAUUGCUGCAGUUUCUCUUGCUCUUAAAAUAGGUCGACAUCCAACUCCAAGUGAGUUACAUUUGCACGUCCAUACACAUAAUCAUGAUGAAAAAUCUUUUGUUGGUGACCGUUCCCGACUUCUACAUGAAAGGUAUGAAGAAAUUAUAUGGGAAAAAGGACAAUGUGAAUCUGAAAUAGAUCAAUUGGAGACAUAUUAUGAAGCUGCGGGAGGAGCAAAAAAGAAUAGAUUGUUUGGUCUUGGAUCUGAAGCUACAAGUUACUUUGGGAAAAAACUGGUACAAGAUGGGGCUGUUCUUGAUCCUCCUCCUACUCAUGAUAACGAUGACGACAUUGAUUUGUAG